UAUCCGUCGUCCAGGUCUCCACACCUCUCUGGGCGCCUACUCCCUCGGUCUCUUUCUUGGGUCCAAACUUUUGAGGUGGACGGGCGGUGAGGAGAGGAGGGCAGAGGGGCGGCGCGCAGCUGGGAGGCGCUUCAGCACCGCGGCCAGUGCCCGCUGCAGACGCCCCGCCAGGAGCUGCGGGCUGCGCGCCGGGAGCCGGGAGCAGCGUGGACGCCCCGCUCCGAGAUGCCUGCGGAAUGAUCGCCCCCCAGGGCGGCUGCUGGGGCUGCCGCUGCCUCGGGCUCCGCGCGGCUCUGACCCGCGGGCGGGAAGUGCAACUGGAGGGGAAGGUCUCGGUCUCCGCAGUGACCCUGGAGCGGCGACAGAAGAGAGAGUGAAGAGGCGGCACCCAACCCAGGGCAGGAUGCAGGCGACGGCGCACCUGCUCAAUCUGCUGCUGCUGUCGCUGCUGGCUGGAUUCGGUCCUUCCCAGACGCAGGUCAGCCCCAAGGAGGGGUGGCAGGUGUACAGCUCCGCGCAGGACCCCGACGGGCGAUGCAUCUGCACGGUGGUGGCUCCGGAGCAGAGCCUGUGCUCCCGGGAUGCCAAGAGCAGGCAGCUGCGCCAGCUGCUGGAAAAGGUUCAGAACAUGUCCCAGUCCAUCGAAGUCUUAAACCUGAGGACUCAGAGAGAUUUCCAGUAUGUUCUAAAAAUGGAAACCCAGAUGAAGGGGCUGAAGGCCAAGUUCCGGCAGAUUGAAGACGACCGGAAGACGCUCAUGACCAAGCACUUCCAGGAGCUGAAGGAGAAGAUGGACGAGCUCCUGCCGCUGAUCCCCGUGCUGGAGCAGUACAAGACGGACGCGCGGCUCAUCACCCAGUUCAAGGAGGAGAUCCGGAACCUGUCGGCCGUGCUCACCGGGAUCCAGGAGGAGCUGGGCGCCUAUGACUACGAGGAGCUGCACCUUAGGGUGCUCAGCCUGGAGACCCGGCUCCGCGACUGCAUGAAGAAGCUCACGUGUGGCAAGUUGAUGAAAAUCACAGGCCCAAUUACAGUCAAGACGUCUGGAACCCGAUUCGGUGCCUGGAUGACUGAUCCUCUAGCAUCCGAGAAAAACAACAGAGUCUGGUACAUGGACAGUUACACUAACAACAAAAUAGUCCGGGAGUACAAAUCCAUGGCCGACUUUGUCAGCGGGGCUGAAUCAAGGACCUACAACCUCCCUUUCAAGUGGGCAGGCACCAACCAUGUGGUCUACAAUGGCUCGCUCUACUUCAACAAGUACCAGAGCAACAUUGUCAUCAAGUAUAGCUUCGACCUGGGCAGGGUGCUGGCCCAGCGCAGCCUGGAGUACGCCGGCUUCCAGAACGUCUACCCCUACACCUGGGGCGGCUUCUCCGACAUCGACCUGAUGGCCGAUGAAAUCGGGCUGUGGGCCGUGUAUGCCACCAACCAGAACGCGGGCAACAUCGUCAUCAGCCAGCUGAACCCCGACACCCUGGAGGUGGCCAAGAGCUGGAACACGGGCUACCCCAAGCGGAGCGCCGGGGAGUCCUUCAUGAUCUGCGGGACCCUGUAUGUCACCAACUCCCACCUGACCGGGGCCAAGGUGUACUAUUCCUACUCCACCAAGACCUCCAGCUACGAGUACACGGACAUCCCCUUCCACAACCAGUACUUCCACAUCUCCAUGCUGGACUACAACGCCAGGGACCGGGCACUCUACGCCUGGAACAACGGCCACCAGGUUCUGUUCAAUGUCACCCUCUUCCACAUCAUCAAGACCGAGGACGACACAUAAGCGAGUGUAACCUGUUUCCACCGAGCUACACCGUGUCAUUUGUGACCCAUUCCCUAGGACUCCUGUGGUGUUGCUUUUCUUCCUUAGAGUGUCCCCGCCCUUUCCCCAAAGCAUUUCUAUCAUCACGUGGGUGUUCCGGAAAAUUCCGCGGGGCCCGCCUCAGUGAACCCAUUGGACACACAUCGGAACUCCUGCAUUCACAAGGCCUAUCAUGUCCUUGUCAUGAGAAGCACUACGGAGAGCUUACGUGGCUAAAGUCAUACUUUUGCAAAAGAUUAAUGGUCUGCCUUAUACUAGUGUCAGAGACUAAUGGUAGCUUCAAUGCAUGAAUGUCUCUCUCUCUCUCUCUCUUUUUUUCAACUCUGCCACUUCUUACUAUAUGUCUCUAGCUCCACAUCAGAAAACAUUCUGGUAGGAAUCAGAAGAAAAAAGGAAGAAAAAGGAAAAAAGCACUUUUCCCCCAUUCAUUUCUAAAACAGACGUCAGGAUUUCAUUUACACGGGGACGAACACGCCGUCUCGCUGUUCCCCGGUCCUCUGGCGCGGUGCUGUACAGCCAUUUUUAAAUCUCUUGCUAACAUUUGAUUGGCAACCUGUAUUUCUACCAUUGUGACCACCAUUGUGCAAUUGUAUCUCUUCACUUCUGUGACAGUAAGUGAUGUUUUUUUAUAAACGACACUGAAGUUCAAUCUCAGUGAUCCUCCUGGGUCCAUGUCCAAGUGUGGUCCCAAGGAAGUAUCUUCCCGGCUUCCCUUUCCCAUGGUAGUGUAAGCUAAACAGGAAAGCAGACCAGGCCCCUUCCUUCCAGUCUUUAUUUGACCCCUGACACACAAUGGACCACGGACGCGCAAGGCCACACAGACUCGGCACGGGCGAGGCAGUCUGCUCACCCUGCUGAACGCAACCCUUAGUCACACAAAUUAAACUCGAGUUGACUAUAUUCCUUCAUGAUACGACCAAACAAAUUUUGUUCUUUGUAAUGAAAUAUCUCAGUGUUUUAACUUAUAUUUCACACACAACUUGCAAUAAUGUAAUUCCUUGUGCCAGCACUAGAAAAGUACAU